AUGAUUUUGUUUUUAGUAUCUGUUAUUUUAGUGUUAGGUUUAUUAGUGUCAUGGAUUAGUUUAGUUAGAGAGAGUCGCCGGUUCAAUGUCAAUGGGCCGAUGCCCUUACCUAUUAUCGGUAAUGCUCACAUGUUCAUUUCUAAAUCUACAGAGUUCCUGAACUUAGUUGCAAAGUAUUCUGAACAAUAUGGGAAGGCGUAUAGAGUACACUUUUUGUCCGUGCCCUAUGUGAUCGUUUGCGACGCUAAAUAUGCUCAGGAAAUAGCAUCGAGCCAGGAACUUAUUUUCAAAGGGGGACCUUAUAGGUUGAUGACAUGUUGGCUUGGUCAGGGUCUGCUCACUUCUGCUGGUCAAAGAUGGAAGAGUCACCGCAAGUUCUUGACUCCCGCGUUCCACUUCAAUAUCCUGCAGAACUUCCUCCCCGUAUUCUGCAAGAACCAGCGCGUACUGACGGAGAAGCUGCGAGGACUCGCCGACGGCCGCCCGAUUGACAUGUUCCCUAUUGUCGCUUUGGCGGCACUUGAUAAUGUUACAGAAUCCAUUAUGGGCACCAGUGUCGACGCUCAAGGACAUGAAAGCGAGUCUGCCUAUGUGAAGUCAAUUGAAGAAAUGUCAGAAAUAUUAGCGAUGAGGAUUCAAAUACCAAUUCUUGGUCCUGACGCCAUUUUUAAUCUAACACCGUUAAAGAGCAGACAAAGCAAAGCGUUGAAGGUAUUACACGGACAUAGUACUAAAGUAAUUGAGGCGAGGAGACAAGAGUUGAAAAAGGCUAACAUUACUACUCUUAACAAUAGCAACGAUUCCGGAAUAAGGAACAAGCAUGCGUUCUUGGACUUAUUGCUGCUUGGUGAAAUCGAUGGUAAGAAGAUUGAUGACGAGAGCGUGAGAGAAGAGGUCGACACAUUCAUGUUUGAGGGUCACGAUACAACGACUUCGGGUAUUUCAUACACACUCUACUGUCUCUCUAAGCGCAGAGAUGUGCAGGAGAAGGUAUACGAAGAGCUGAAGACUAUUUUUGGGAAUGACAUGGAAAGAGACCCGACUUACCAGGAACUUGGACAAAUGAAAUACUUGGAACUGGUUCUUAAAGAGUCGAUGCGCCUGUUCCCGCCUGUGCCUCUAAUUGAACGAAGAAUUACAAAGGACUGCGAGGUCGGAGGUCUCAAAUUAGUGAAAGGCACAUCUGUCGUCCUAAAUAUAUACCAGAUUCAACGUCAACCUGACAUGUUUGAAGAUCCUUUGGAGUUUCGUCCCGAAAGAUUCGAGGAGCCUCUAAAGAAUCCCUUCAGUUUUCUGGCAUUCAGCGCUGGUCCUAGGAAUUGUAUUGGUCAAAAGUUCGCGAUGAUGGAACUGAAGAUCACUAUCUCGGAGAUUAUCAAACACUUCUACAUAUUACCUGUUGACGAAACACCUCAGUUAAGUGCUGAUCUUAUUUUGAGAUCGAAGAAUGGAAUCCAAGUAAAGUUUAUGUCAAGAAAAUGA